AUGUCGUCCCCACCAUCUGAAGGAUGGGCUCUCCUUUGCUGUCUUCUGCUCCUGGGCGCAUUUCCAUCAAGUAACGGAGAAGACACUUUUUCAGAGCUGAAACUCCAGGAGUAUUUCAGCGGCUUACCAGCAUCAAAAGCAUCCUUGGUUUAUUUUAGGAGAGAAGCCUCUCAGUCUGCAGAUGUGUUCCUGGAACAGCUGGAGAACUCCGUAGAAGCUCUUCGAGAUUAUGGAAUUUCAGUCUUGAAGGUGAACUGCCACCGAGAAGAAAUAUUAGGAUACUGUAGAGAGGACAGUUCUGUGGGGAAAGCGUACCUUUUCAGGGGCCAGGUGCUGGUUCGAGAGCUCCCGACAGACGCUUUGUUCAGCGUGGACGCCAUCGUAGCCAACGUCCUCUUUUGUCUCCUCUUUAACGAAGUGAAAUACGUCGCCACGCUAGAAGACCUCCGGAAUCUGGAAAACGCUCUUCGGGGUCAGUCGGACCUUGUGUUUGCUUACAUCCAAGCUGUUGGGACCACAGAGCACAGAGUGUUGAUGGAAGCAGCCUUUGUCUAUGGCUCUCUGCACCGGUUCGCCUUAACCACUGAAGUGACGCUUCUGAAGAGCAUCUCCAACGAAGACUCAAACAUACCGGCCUCGAAACUCUUUUUCUGCCACUGCAAGAUGGCCGCCGAUCCGGGACAGCCGUGCCGCAGGACUCCGAUGGAGCAGCCACUGACCACGCUGAACAUCCACAAGUUCCUGAAGUUGAUGGGGGAGCCUCUUGUGAUGGAGUUCAUGGCGGAUCCAGAGAAGGUUUCGACCGUCCACCUCCAGCUUGGCCUUCCGCUGCUCUUCAUCCUCACCCAGAAAGAAACGCUGGAGGAAGACAGACGGACAGCUGAAUUCGUGGCCUGGAGGUUGCUGGGGAAAGCGGGGGUGGUCCUUUUGUCAAGGGGUGCUGCAGGCUUGGACUUCCUUCUCCGGUAUAAUGUGGCCAUCAAGACAGCAGCUGAGGGUGUGAAGUACUUGGUCUUGAAGGACACAGAUGAAAUCCUAGCGCUGGUGGAAAGCGAUAAACAGAGCCACCCGAUCCCAGAGUAUGAGGAGGAGGAGGAGGAAGAAGAGGAAGCUGGUGAAAGUUAUGAGCAAGAGAUCCAAGACGAUCAGGUGGUGGAAUCUGUUGUCAGAGACAGGAAGCACGAACUCCCCCUGGGACACAUCCAGACCCUGACCGAAUCCUCCUUCAGCCCCACCCUGGCUGCUUCCGACUACCUGGUGCUUCUAUUCUAUGCCAGCUGGGAAGCCGUCUCCCUGGUCGUGAUGCAGUCUUUCGUAGAAGUGGCCGCUCGUUUGGAAGGGACUCCUGGGAUUUCGCUGGCCAGAGUCAACUGCUGGGAAUGGCCCCGCCUCUGCAGCCAGCAGAACGUCACUCAGUUUCCCACCAUCAAGCUGUACGAAAAAGGCGGCCGAACGCUGAUGUACUCGGGGACGUGGGGCACAGAUGCAAUGCUGAGCUUCGUCGAGCUAAGCAGGACUCCCAGUCCAGUGAGGCUGACGACCCCUGGAGAAGUGGAAGAAUUUUUAAGUGGCAAAUCCCCACAUCUGUCUCCUGGUGUCUCCGUUCUAGGAUUAUUUGACCCCAGCAUGUGUGACGCCAAAGAAGCUUUCGUCGAAGCUGCGGUCGCCCUGAACGGAUACGUAAGGACCGGGAUCUACAGCGAAGAGGACGCCGCAGUUCUUGCCAAUAAAUACAAGGCGCCACUUCCAGCAGUGCUGCUAGCCAGGCCGGGAAGUUCCAAGAGGGACACCAUCUGCCUCUCAAAACACAGCGCCCAGGAUGUGGUGGAACUCGUCCGACGUGCGUUACUGGAUCCACUCCCGGAAAUCACCGUGGGAAACCUGCCAGAGUACUUCCAGUCGCAGAAGCCCUUGGUCAUCUUCUUCAGCAGCGGCGUUCUAAGCCAGGCAGAUGAAGGCGUGAUUAGGCUUUUGGCCAAAGAGGAGAACCGCCAAUCCUUCCUCGCCUGCUGGCUGAACCUCGAGAACACCCCCGUGGGCAGAGGGAUCCUGAAGGCCUACGUCGGAAGUCCUUUCCCUCCCUUGCCUCUCCUCGUUUGGGUCAACCCCCAUUCCGGGGGUCAGGUGUUUGCAUUUCCUUCUGGUCAGUCCAUCACCGAAGCCAACGUCCUCUCUUGGAUCGAGAAGCUCAAGUCCGGCCUGGAAGUUCCCAGCACAACUUUAUCCGAUGAAGACUGGAAGCCCCGCCUUCCUGCCUACGACUUCCUGAGCCGGAUGGCCCCCUCCCUGCCCGAAUUUACCAUUUAUAGUUGGCAGCGCAGCCAGCAGGACGAGGGGGUGGCAGCCGCUGGAGAAAGCAAGACGACAGAGGUGCGGGAGGACACUGCUGAAGACGCCACUGCGGCCGAGCUGGAGAAGGCGCCGCCGACAGGCAGGGACUUGCGGGGGACAGCCCCGCGCCUGGCCGCAAGGGAAAAGCAGGCAAAGCGCCACACGGAGUUGUGAUGUGACCUAUCACCCCAGGUUAGAGGGCGGUUCCGGAAGCUGGGGAUG